ACAUCAUACAAAAUUAAACAUGGGUAUCUACGGCAAAGCAAAAGCUAAAGUCCAAUCAUGGCACAAAAUGGAGAUAGUACCGAAGGAUAUUCGUGGUCUCACCAUGGGAAACAUGAUCAAUAUAACAGUAGCAGAAUGUUGCUUGCACAGGAUUAUCUUGCAGGAUGUUAAAGUUGGCGCUUUGCCUGGUUAUUCACUGUAUUUGCUUAUGCCAGUGGUUGCAAUGAUGGAAGCCCUGUUAGCCCCAUUAGUAGCGUGGCUGGGCUAUAGAACACGAAGGACCACGAUCCUCAUGUGGUCUCUGGGAAUUAUGAUUAUUACUUCCCUCUGGUUGUUUUUGCCUUCGCCGACACAGUUCCAGGAAACAGAAUUCUGCAACAGCACAAUAACAAAUCAGGACAUAGAGUUUACACAUCUAUCAUUGAGGACGACUUUCAGAUUGGUGAUAACUGUAGGAAUGGCCAUCUGCUUCGCCUUGACAAGGGUUGCUUCGUGGAGCCAUGUUGUAGCUUACACUGACGAUAUUGCGCCGGAUAGAAUGAGCGUGCAUGUUGGUAUUCUCAUAUUUUCCAGGAUAAUACCUCUGGUAUUCAAUAACUUAUUAUCACAAGGCGUAGAUAAGACGAUGUUCAUCACUUUGGGACUUAUAUCUGGUUUUACGCUUUUUAAUACCUUGAGGCUGUAUUUUGAGUUACCUAAGGUCACACAGGACACGGAUGAUUUGAAGGUCGUACCGAUGAAUGAUAGAGGUUACUUUAGAAGCUUAAAGAGAGUGUUAGUUAACUUCGUCGCUAUGUCACAAAUGAUAUCCAUGGGGUUGGUAGCAGCUGCUCUCUGGGGCUUCGGUUAUUAUGAACACGAAAUUAUUAAGACAAAUUACAAUAUGUUGCCAAUAACUGGAGACAUUAUCAAUGACUACACCAAAUUCUUUAGAUACAUUGUUUUGAUCCUUGCAGUUGUGUACAUGGGAGUAAAGCAAUCAGCUCCGAUAAGGCCAAAAUUCGACAUGACAAAGGCAUUGGCUGUCUCCUUCAAGAUGACGCUCUUUGCAAUGUUCCUAUAUGUAUUUAUUAUAACAAUCCCGCCAUGUUCUAAGGGACAUGUCGCUGGGUUGGAAAAUGGUCAGGAUUAUGCUAAUCCCCAGUGUAGCUUGUCUUGUGGAUGUGUUCCAAGAUGGAAGGAAUUUUCACCAGUGUGUGUGGUUGAUACCAUGACGACAUAUGUGUCGCCGUGUGAAGCUGGCUGUACAGGGCUUCAAAGCAUCAAUAACUUGCAGGUGUAUACAAACUGUAGUUGUGCCUCAACUGGACACGCGACUCCGGGCGCCUGCAGCGACUACAACUGUCAAAUUGGAUUUAAUUUCCAUGGAGUGCUGUUUAGCUUGAUAUUGACUGUUUCUCUCGUGGCCUUCCAAGCUCAUAGCAUGUCCAUCUUGAGGUCAGUGGACCCUCGAGACAAAUCCAUCGCCAUGGGUCUGAUGUGGUCUGUCAUCGCUGUAAUGACUUUCGUGGUCGGAAAUAACGUCUUUUAUGCUAUUGAUCUCAACACCUGCAGCUGGUAUACCGGCCAGAGAUGUCAGCUCCACAGCGACUGGUUCCCGUAUACCAUUGGAAUUGCCUGCAUCAUCUUCACCUUCGCAGCCUUGAUUAUCAACGGCACAGCGCGCAGAUAUUUGCGAACGAAACGAAAAAAUGACGUCACAGAUGAACCAAAUGCUUAAUUAUAAUUAUUUAUUUAUUAGCUGUAUAAUCAAUACUCAGUGCCAAUUCGUUUGAUUGAACGCGCUAAUCUCUCUAUCUAUCUGUGUUAGAUAGCCCAAUUAUUGGGGGAGGCUAUAAGCUAUCACGCUAUCAUCACGCUAAGACCAACAGGAGCGGAGCUACGCGGGUGAAACAGCGGAGCGCAGCUAGUAAGUUAUAAAGGGUUAAUAGGAAUGUUAUUAGCAUAGCUUUUAGACAGAAUUGUGAAUUUCGUUUUUCUAUUAAUUUUGUCAUCAUCUCUCGACGUUUGUGAACACGUUUGUUGCUCAUUGAAGUUCGUUAAAAUAAGUUUGCUUGUGAUUUAAGACUUGAAAUAGUUUUUUUGUCAUUAAAGAAAAAAAUAGCGUGCUACAAAGUAAUGAAGAAUAAUUAUUGUUAUUUAUAUUGUAGUUAAGGAUGUGUCUGUGAUUUUUUAAUAAAAUAUUAAAGUUCAUUAUUUUAAUUUGUAUAAUAUUUUUCAUAUUUAAAUCAAAAUAGAGAGAUUGUUAUGAACAAUUUUAUACGAGCAUUAAGUUAAGAAUAAUUUUACUACUUAAGUACUAAGUAAUAGAAAAUAUUGUUUUUGUAAUUUUUUACAACUACUUUUUAGACUAGGAUAUUUGCAGGGUUACGUUAUAGUCAUAGAAAUCUAAAUAACAAGACACUAUAGAAGUGCUAUAUUGUCAUAUUUAGAGUGAAAACCACUGUCGCCAAAAUCAACACAUUUAAACCGACAGCUAAACAGUACACACAAGUAAACUACGCCUUUUAUUGGACAGCUUCAUUUUAGUGAAAAAAACUUUAAAAAAUAAAUACAGCAUUAUGUACCCUAAGGCACCGUUUUACGGCUUAUUUUCGAAGAACAUCCUCAGGUUUCAUGAGACGUUUUGUUUCUUUUUGCUCAUAAAAAUACAAAUUCGAAAAAAAUCGGCUUUUCUACAACAGAGGGCGUUAAUUUUCAAUAUAUAUAACUUUGAAUAAGGUUGAAAUUUGUGUGAAACGUGAUAAUAAGAACGUGUAACGUGUAGACUGUGUCAUUCAUUGUUAUUUAGAUUACUAUGGUGACAUUCGUAUUACUUGUAAAUAUUCCUUAAUUUUAAGGAAACACGGCAUUAUUUAUAAAGAAAAAUAAUUACCGAUUAAAUGUUAUUCCUUUAUGUUUACACACGCACGACUCGAGAGCAACUGAAUAGCAACGAACGCACUGGUGACUUAAAAGUCACCUGAGUGGCGACAAGGUCACGCGUGCUUACGAGUUACGACUUCUAGUGUGUUAAAGCACCUAUUAUUGCUAAUUUUUUCUUAAAAUUAAGUAAUAAAACCAGUGACUAUUUGCAAAAAUCAAAUACCUACCACCUAUUGCAUAGAUGUACUAACUAUAAAAGUCUAUAAUUAUGUAGAUGUAUUACCUAAUUAUGUAUAUUAAAAUUUACAG